AUGGGGCUCGGGACGGGGCGCAGGGACGGGAGCGACGCGCGUGGGACGGAGACGAUGAAGAUCUUUGCCACCGAGGAUGGGUCGAGGCCGACGGGAAGAAAACGCGGACGAGACGACCGCACGGCGGCGAAAACGGCCGAGGGAGGGGCGCGGGGGAAGAAGAAAAAGAAGCGGUACGAUGCGGCGUUCGCGGCGGUGUUGGCGCGACGAUCGGGGACGGAGGUGGCGACGGCGGCGGCGGCGGAGGAGACGCGGGCGGAGACGCGGGCGGAGCGCGGAGACGCGCGGGCGAAGACGACGAACGGGACGAAGCGAGGGGGGAAGGGAGGGGGAGGGACGAAGGCGUCGCUCGUCGUCGUUGAACCGGACGCGAUGGCGUCGGAGAAGGGGAAAAAGGGGGGGAAGAAGUCGAACGCGUCGGCGCCGCCGCCGAAGCGCACGUAUUGGAAAAAGGUAAAUCUUGACGGUGAGAUUUUCGCCGUCGGUGAUAGCGCGUACGUCGUGAACAGUAAGACGGAGGACUUCGACGAGGACGAGGACGCGCUUUGUAUGGUGUGUCGCGAUCCGGUGGAUGAUGAUCGCGUCAUGCUCGAGUGCGACAUGUGUUUGACGGGUUGGCACAUGUGCUGUCUGAGGCCGCCGCUGACGAACGUGCCAGAGAGCGAUUGGAGCUGUCCGCUGUGCACGCGCGAAAGCACGUCGGUGAGCGCUAUGCCGCAGCUCCAGAACACGUCGCGAUCGGCGUGCGGCGAGUUCUUGGCCGGGCGCAUGCUCUUGGCGCGCAUAGAGCACAUUUGGGAAGAGAACGGCACGUAUCAGUACGCGGCGCGAUGGUACACACUGCCGGAGGAUACGCACAUGGGUCGUCAGCCGAUGCAACAUAGGCGAGAGGUGUUCUUGUCCCACACUGUCGAUGUCAACGCCGUUGAUUCUUUGUUUCGCGUCGCGAAAGUUUGCACCCCGCAAGAGUUUCGCGACGAGGAGGGUAAUGGGAACGACACGUACGUGUGCGAGUACACCUACGACGAAGCGUUCCAAAGGUUUAAACGUCGCGGAGAGUGGGGCGAAGAGGAUGAUUUCAGCGACGAUGAACGCUUCGAUAACGAGUUGAAUUGGAACGACGACGACGAAGACUGGGAUGCGAAACGCGCGGACCCCAAAAAGGGAUCAAAAAAAGGUCAGCGAAGCGCGCUGACGGCGAUGAAACGCGCCAAGGACAUGGCAGCAAGCUUGGAGAUAGCUGGAUUCGGUGGGAGUGCGCUGGGUCGAGGGCGAAAGCAUCCCGCGACGGUGUUCGGUGGCGUUCGGGCCGUCUUAUCGUUGGCAUCAACGCCGGCGACGCUGCCGUGUCGAGAGAAUGAACGCAAGCAAGUGUAUGACUUUGUUCUCGAAGCCAUCAUGGCUGGUCCUAACAGCACGGGAAAGUGCCUGUACAUUUCUGGCGUUCCCGGUACCGGUAAAACCGCCACAGUGCGAGAGAUCGCUCGCGUUCUUCGCUCACAGGCGAGAACGCAUGCGAUUCCAAAGUUCAACUACAUCGAGCUCAACGCACUUCGCUUGCAAACGCCCAAGCACGCGUACAGCACAAUCGCGGAGGAGUUGAUGGGGCAACGCUUCAGCCCGGAGAAGGGCUGCAUGGUCUUGGACAAAAGGUUCAAGGAGGGUAAGGGCAGCGACGGCAGGGUGACGGUACUGGUCGUCGACGAGCUCGAUUUGCUCGUCACGCACAAGCAAGAUGUGCUGUACAAUAUUUUCGAUUGGCCGACGCACAAGAAGAGUCGACUCGUCGUGAUUGGCAUCGCGAACACGCUCGAUGUGCCAGAGCGCAUGCUUCCACGCAUCGCCUCGCGUUUGGGAAGCAACAGAGUGUCAUUCGCACCGUACACGUGGGAUCAACUGAAAACUAUAGUCACAUCGCGUCUAGAGAGCGUGGAGGGAUGCAGCGACGCCUUUGCGACGUCGACGCUUGACUUGAUUUGCAGAAAGGUUGCAUCCGUGAACGGCGACGCGCGGCGAGCCCUGGAGCUCGCACGACGCGCCGCCGAAGUAGCCGAGGCGAGAAUCAACGUCGAAAAAGUGACGAAUAUUUCACAACCGAUCACCGUGAGCAACGGCGGGGCGGACGCUCGCGCCAAGGCUCGGAACGAAAAGGUUACCAUGGACGACGUGCGUCAGGCUCAGAGCGAAAUGUUUGAUGGGCCGCACAUGAAACUCAUCCACGCCGCGAGUUUCUACGAGCGCAUGUUUCUCAUCGCCCUCGCGAAAGAGAUCCAGCGCUCUGGGACGCAGACGGUCACCAUGGGAGGCGUCAUGGAGAUGCUCAGAUUGAUUUGCAAGAGUCCCAAGGUGAGCGUUCCCGAGCCUCCGAUUGGGAGCGGCGUGCGCAUCGCCUCUCGGCUUCGCUCCACCCACCUCAUCAUGACCGACGCUUCCACCUCUCGUAACUUACAGCAGGUAUCCCUGAGUAUUCCAGUCGCCGACAUCACCUUCGCCUUGGUCGAAAACUGCGAGAACAGCGACAUGCCGUGGUGCAAAGAUAUUUUGUAA